GAAGUAAAUCAUUUUCUUUUAGAAUCGAUAGCACGAAAAAAUUAUAGACGGAGACAAAAGUGUACACCUAGAAUGAGAAGUAAAAGGAAUGAUGCUCGUCUACAUGUCUUAAAGUUUGUGGCUUUGAGCCUUUGGCUACGUUAAAGGACGAUGCGGCGGAAAAUUAGGUCGGAUAUCUCAACAAAUGAUAAAGACAGAGGUAGAUAUUAUCACCUUCACCCUUCAACUUGAAACCUAAGAGUGAGAAUGAGAUAUGUGUCAGACUGAAGAGAUCACCGUCAGAGGGGUUUCGUCAUACCCCGCUUUCUCAAUCACGUGCCGCUGCUUUCUGUUGCGUCACCUCAUUGCUUGCCAGCCCAUUCCUUCCACGUGCCUACAUCUUAGCGGUUGCUGCAGGUUCCGCCCCCUUCCACCUCUGCCUCCACGUUUCCGUAACUGAAACCAUUAUCAUAUUUCACAUGCCUCCACAUACUAUUUCAAGUUAUAACUUUCUCUCAUUUCCAUUUAAAACCACCCUUCUUUUCGUUAAUUAGGAAACUUUCUCCCAAAACGUCUCCAAAAAAUCCACGCCACCGGGCGGCAAUUUUAAUUCCAAGGAAACCAGUGCUCGAAACGUGUUCAGCGCGAACUGCGAGGAUGCAGUCUCAGCUCCACGUCGGUUUUCGACACGUGUCGCCUCUACACUUUACAAACUUAAGAUAUUCCGCAAGCGUCAAUCCACGUUGACAUCUGGUCUCACACGUGUCCAUAUCUGCCUCGUUUCGUAGACGUUUUCACAGGACAACUGGAAUCCAGAAAAUAGAGAAGAUGGCUUUUAAUCAUCCCAGAGUGCGUCCUCACACGCGAUGUCGACCGAGCGGGAAAGGUGCCGAAUUAUGUCGGUUGCGUGUUCCCACUCGCCUAAGCUCGUGUGGUGUUCCAAAUCAAACGCGAAUCUCGUAGUCUAAGAUCCCGCCACGUGUUGAUAUCCUCUAUAACAGUAUUAUAUGAGUAUUAAAAGAUCAAAAUAUAGGGGUGAGACUACAAAAGGCGAAUAAGAGGACAGGUCGUCCCAGGACCACAUGCGUGUCAGAAAAGACACCGAUCGUGUUGCAAAGGGAUUGGGCCACGUAGAGAAGCCGAAGGCAGCCUUUACACGUGGUGGACUUUGAAUAGGAGAGAGAAUAUAGGUGGGAAGAUGGACGGUUGCGAUGCGAUUUUUGUAUUGAGAGUUGUACGUCACACCAACUGUUCAUGUCGGAUGAUGCCCGUGACGGUGACGGGCAGCUGCCCGUAACUUGCUGGUGGCCCCCAGGUGAAAAUGGAAGCGUCUUCCCUCAGUAGAAAAAGCUUCCGGGCCUCCAUUUCAACGGGUACUUGAGAGAGCGUACCGGACGAUCUCUGGUAUCUGUUCUUUCGUUUUUCAUUACCAAAAUAUUUAUCAAUAUUGUUAACUGGGGUUUGCGUUGGAGCUUGAAGCCGAAGUGCGAGAGUUUUGGUUUUUGAUUCAUCAGGCGAUUUUCAUGGCUGGGAUUUGCUGCGGAGUUGUUGGCGAGAGUAAAACACAGGCGGCGAUUGAGCCCAGUUCCCGACCGGCGAGGCGUCGUAGAGUGGACGUACGCCAUCUGAAAUUUGUUGCCGGUGUUUCCGUCCCGACGCCGGAGAAGAGCCGUAAACGCCAGAAGCUAGAGGUUUAUGAUAAGACAGCUUCGGAGGCGGCGCGUGAGUGCGAAAACGCCUUAGAGAAUUGUAAAGUGCAGGAAGACGAAUCUGUAGAACUGAAAGGAGGUGUUUCUGUCCAGGUGGAGCAGGAUCAGUUGGUCCAGGAAUGCCCUAAAUUUGGUAUGACGUCUGUACGUGGCAGGAGGAGAGAUAUGGAGGACGCUGUAUCGAUACAUCCAUCGUUCUGGGGCCAAGACGCCCAAAAUUGUACUGGAUUACACUACUACGGCGUUUACGACGGCCAUGGCUGCUCUCAUGUGGCGAUGAAGUGCAAAGAUCGGAUGCAUGAGAUUGCAAAAGAGGAAAUCGAGAGAUGUGGGCAAUCAUGGGAACAGGUGAUGGAGCGAAGCUUCUCGCGCAUGGACAAGGAGGUGGUAGAAUGGUGUAAUGGUCAGUGGAGCUCGAAUUGCAGGUGCGAGCUUCGGACGCCGCAGUGCGACGCAGUUGGAUCUACGGCCGUUGUUGCGAUUGUAACGCCGGAGAAGGUUGUCGUUUCUAAUUGUGGUGAUUCCCGCGCCGUUCUUUGCCGUAACGGCGUCGCCAUUCCUCUGUCAUCCGACCACAAGCCUGAUCGACCCGAUGAACUGCUACGGAUCCAGGCCGCCGGCGGUCGUGUAAUAUAUUGGGAUGUUCCACGGGUUCUCGGAGUCCUAGCCAUGUCCAGAGCUAUAGGUGACAAUUACUUGAAACCGUACGUAAUUUCGGAACCGGAGGUGACGACAUGGGACCGAAGCCCAGAGGACGAGUGUUUGAUCCUGGCAAGCGACGGACUAUGGGACGUAGUGUCCAACGAUACAGCAUGCGGAGUGGCACGUAUGUGUCUGAAUGCGCAGGCGCCGCCGUCUCCGCCGGUGUCACCGGAAACUGGAGCUGGGAUAGGUGCAGGCGGCGAGAGCUCCGACAAAGCUUGCUUAGACGCGUCUAUGCUGCUGACGAAGUUGGCCUUGGCUCGGGAUAGUGCGGAUAACGUCAGCGUGGUUGUAGUUGACCUGAGAAACAAAUAAAAAGAAAAUCCCAGAAAUUCUGUUUUUAUUAAAUACUACUGGUAAUGGUCUUUUGUCUUUUUUUCUACAAUCAAAAGAGAGGGAAAACAAGAGAGAUUAUCAUUCAGAUGUUUAGUGGACUGCACAAAAUGUGCAGAGAAGAAUGAAUUAUACAAGUUUAAAUCUUAAACUGUGAAUUUGAUGACCACCAUGUACAAGAAAGCGAAGGGAGAUAUGUUUUUAUCACCCUUGGAAUCCAUGAUUAAAUACCCUUAUUGAUC